UAGCGAUAUCAAAGGCAGACACGAACUCGUUCUUCUCAUUCAACCUAGAGGAAUCGUAGUUGCUGUCCUGUCAAAAAUGGCUACAAAUAGAAAUGUUACAAAUGGUGCUCCUAGACAAAAUGAAGAGAAUGAGCAGGAACGGGAACGAGAGCGCGAUCUCAUCGACAUGAUGAACGACCUGCAGAGCAAGCUGGUCGCCAACGGGUACAGUUUGGACCUCUCUCUGCCCCAAAUCGUCGUGGUGGGGUCUCAGAGCGCUGGGAAGAGCAGCGUCCUGGAGAACAUAGUGGGAAGGGAAUUUUUACCCAGGGGUUGCGGAGUUGUCACCCGAAGGCCAACGUUAAUCCAACUCUAUCCAACACAAGGCGAAGAAUAUGCUGUGUUUGGUCAUCGGGAGAAUCAGAAAUUCACAGACUUCAAUGCAGUGAAAGAGGAAAUCAUUGCACAGAUGCCUCCCAGACACAGUUUCUCAUCUGUGCCCAUAGAGCUUAAAAUAUACUCUCCCAGAGUGCUGAAAUUGACUCUUGUCGAUUUACCUGGACUGGUGCGAGUGGCAGUGGACGGACAACCGGAGGGCAACAUCUUGGAAGUGAGGAACAUGGUCCUCAACUACAUCCGACAGCCGGAGUCACUCAUCUUGGCGGUAUCGCCGGCCAACCAGGAUCUGGCCACAUCAGACGCCCUAGAAAUCGCCAGGACAGUUGACCCACAAAGACUAAGGACCAUAGGUGUUUUGACAAAGCUGGACCUCAUGGACGAAGGAACAGAUGCCCGUGAUAUCCUUGAGAACCGACAGGUCACUCUCAAAAGAGGUUGGGUUGGUGUACUGAAUAGGAGCCAACUGGACAUUGACGAAGGAAGAGAUAUUCAGUUUAUCCUAGAAAAGGAGAGGAGGUUCUUUACAGAGAAAGCUUGUUACAGACACCUAGCGGAGCGGAUGGGAACGCCGUACCUCCAGAAAAUGCUGCAAAGAACUUUGAAAUCGCACAUCAAAGCUGCUCUACCUGAUGUCAGGACCAAAUUGGCCGAGAAACUAGCCGGAUACCGCAAAAAACUCAAAGACUUUGGGGAUACCAUGGGCGAGGAAUCUGGCGGUAAACAGUAUUAUAUGAUCAAACUUGUGAAUAAUUUUAUCAAAGACAUAGAGCUGAAAUUACUUGGUAAUUCCGAAAUGGUAAACAUGAACGCAGUAUCUGCUGGAGCUUACAUCAAUUUUAAACUGAAUACGGAAGUCCAAAAUAAUCUGAAACUGAAUCUUGUGCCGAAAGAUGAAGAUAUGACGAUUGUGAUAACCAACUUACACGGUAUCAGAGGCUCCAUAUCAUUUCCAUCGCUGGCUCUAGAUUCUAUUAACCGGAAACUAGUGACCGAAUACGAAUACCCUAUGGAAAAAUCAGUAGAAUGUGUUAGGAAAGUUCUAGAAGAAGCCAUUUCAGAAUCCGCUGCUAUGUUAAACAAGUAUCCAGCCACCAAGGCGGAAGUUCUAUUCCGUAUCAACAGGUGCUUGUUGAAAGAGUGCGAGAACACGCAAAUGAAACUGAGGGAGCAUGUGCAAGCGGAGAUGUUCUAUGUCAAUCUCGAACACCCUGACAUGGACCUCUCUAUAUGCGAUCCUGUAGUUCCCGCAGUCGGUCCCACCAAGGUAUGGCAUUCUGUCUCGGAAGAGGAUACCUUACCUUCGACAAGUAUAGAAAAUGGGGUCGGUGAUGGUCUCGAAAGUAAGACGAAAAAUUUAUUGAAAAUCUUGAUGGAAAACGAGAGCACGAAGAAGAAAGUACAAUAUCUGACGCUAGUGAUGACCAAGUACUUGGAGAUCGUCCAGAAACAAAUAUCAGAUCUGACAGUCAAGUACAUCCUCUGUUUCUUAGUCAAGAAAGUGCUGGAUUAUAUAAAAGACGAUUUGGUGCCUACACUUUUAGAUUUAUCUAAUUUUGCUUCCCUGACAGAAGACUGCGAGGAAGACUUCCGGUUGAAAGAGGAAAUGGAAGCAGCUUGCACGUGCAUAAAAGAUGCCCUUGAUGCCAUCCAGGCAUUUUGAGAUCACCACAUACACUAUCUCGAAGUUCAUUUUGAAGUAAUGUUUGAUCUGGAAUCGACGUGAAACACUCCUCUUACAAAGUUGAUCAUAUCGACUCAUACUUAUCUAUAUACUUAUAUAGUCAUACUUAUCUAUAUAUUAUCUAUAUCGACUUAUCUAUAUAUGGGGAACUUCAUUGUGAAUGGAAUGUCUUAAACAUUUAUUGAAUAAAUGUUAGUGAAUUUUUGUUAUAAUGUACAGAUUUUAGUGUUUUUCAGCGAUUUUUUUUGUGGCGUCUUUAUCUUAUGUACAAAUUGAUAUAAUUUUUUAAUCAUAUUUUCACUUGCCUUAUUUUUUUGAGAA